AUGGCUGGCGUCGUCUUCACCGAGUGCCUGGAGCUCGGGGAACCUGACGACAGGAAGUGCCAGAGGAAGGAACAGGCCUUCUACGUACCCGGCCUGGGCUGCCUGCAGGUUGGCACUGAGCCCAUGCCUGUCUUUGUUUCCAUGCUGGGAUAUUCCUGCGGCGGUGGCCCGGGGGUGUCCUGGGCUGAGCGCUGGGGACGGUGCCGGCUGCUCCUGCCUGUGCUGGCCCCGACAGUGGAAGGCACGCUGGGAUAUUCCUGCGGCGGUGGCCCGGGGGUGUCCUGGGCUGAGCGCUGGGGACGGUGCCGGCUGCUCCUGCCUGUGCUGGCCCCGACAGUGGAAGGCACGGUGAAGCCGAUGCCCUGUGCUUUGCUGUCAGAGGAGUCUCAGCCUCCGGCAUGUUCCGCUUGUGACACCAUGGUCACUGCUGUGCGGGCCCCUGGUGGUGGCAGUGUGCAUGUGAGUGCUUGGCCCCAGUGUCCCUGUGGACCACCAGAGGGUUUUUGUGGGUGGAGAGGGAGGGAAGGGCUCGACAGAAGUGCCACUCCUGCUGGCUUCCACGUAUCCUGCUACUCACAAGCCGGUGGCCCUGGGCUCAGUGGCCUUGCCUCACGCUGUGACCUGGGACCCUGCCUCAGCUCCCAGAAGAAGCAUGGAGAGGGAUGUGAGGGUGUGGGCGAGCCCCUGCCCAUCCGGGCCCUGCCCCUCGGUCACCACUGCCCCCCACAGGAGGAGGGCCUGUGCCCUCGAAGAAGGGGAGCCCAGUGGAGCAGCAGCGGGGGCGCAAGGGGUGGGACCCGGACCUGUGAAGACAGCCCCCGCUCAGGGAGGACCAGCGUCCCCGAGUGCCACCGACAGGGCAGUUCACCAGGUAUCUGCCUGUUCUCCACCCCCCGCCCCGAGCCCAGUGAAUCCUCUGCCCACCUGGAAAUGAAGAGGAUGCUUCAGGGAGACCUGGGGACCUCCAUCAGCUUGGGCCUGAAGGCUCCGCAGCUGCCAGACGCUGUGAGUGCCACCAGCUGGCCUGCCUUGGAGGCGCGGGGCUCGGGAGGCUGCAGCUCACGGGCCCACAGCCACUUCCUAGAGUCCACACACUCAGGGUGGGGAAGCUGGGCCUCGCGGAGGCUCGGCACGGAGCUCGUGGGCAUCCAAGAUGCUUCCCCUUCCAGAGCUGUGGGAGGACCCGGGACAAUGGCAGAGGCCAAGCUUGUGGCCCUGGAUCCGCAUGGCCAGGACGGUGGGAAACUCCUGGACUGUCGGCCCAGCUCGGGGACACUGAGGCCUCCGGGUGGAGAGGCAGUGAGCAACUCUGUUUAGCCCGAGGGUUUUGUUUGUGUUUCCAGAUGGGGACUGACCAGG